AUGGCAGCCGCAGUCGCAGCGACAGCCCGUUACAAGCUGGUCUUCUUCACGCCGCCAACCGCACUGACACAGUGCAAAGCUGCCGUCUUUGCCGCGGGCGCAGGGCGCUUCCCCGGCCCUGGCAACUACACCGAGUGCUGUUGGACCGUCAUGGGUACCGGCCAGUUCCGACCCGGCGACACGGCAAACCCCAACAUGGGGAGCGUGGGCCAACUGGAGAAGAUUGAGGAGGCGCGGGUCGAGGUACUCUGCGUCGGCGAGGGUGUUGCGAGGAAGGCUGUGGAGGAGUUGAAGAAAGCCCAUCCGUUUGAGGAGCCAGCUUAUGAGGUGUAUAAGUUGGAGGACUUUUAA